AUAAGCUAGGAGCCCUUCCCUCACAAAGCCUCAAACCCUCACCAUACGAACUGCUCUAAAAAAAUGUCCGAGAGACUGCGGCGGCGCCAGUGAGCCAGCCUCCUCUGCGCAGCUGCGGCGCAGCCACCGGCCAUGGAGAUGGAGGCGGCGACUCCUAUUCCCAAGAAGAGGAGGUCGGAGGUGCCCGGAAGCAACCAACCGGAGGAAAUCUCGAGCCACGAGCCGGCGGCGGCGGCCAUGGAGGCGCCCGAAUCCGACAUCCGAGAAUCACCGACGCCUGGAGCUGGAGGAGCAGAAGACGGCGUCGGCCACAUCAGCGGACUGCCCGACGCCGUCCUCGGCGACAUCAUCUCCCUCCUCCCGACCGCUGAGGGCGCCCGCACCCAAACCCUCGCCUCCCGGUGGUGGCGCCGCCUCUGGCGCUCCGCUCCUCUCAAUCUCGACUACUACGACCUCCCCGCCGAAGGUGACGUUCUGAUACGCCUCAUUUCCCAGAUCCUCUCCGCCGACGCUGGCUCCGGCCGCCAAUUGUGCAUCUCCGCGCACCAUCUCUACCACCACGCCGCCACCGUGGAUGCCUGGCUCCGGUCUGCUGGUCUCAGCAACCUCCAGGAGCUCGAGUUCUGCUGCGCCGGUUAUCGACCGGUACUGCCGGCGGCGACAGCGUCCACCUUCCGUCUCUCGUCCAGCCUCCGUCUAGCCACAUUCAGCCAAUGCCGCUUCCCUGACAGCAUCAUCCAGGUGCUUCACUUCCCCCAGCUCAAGCAGCUCACGCUUGGAGAGGUCGGCAUCUCGGAAGGUUCUCUGCAGAGCGUCAUCGUCGGCUGCCCUGUCCUGGAAUCCAUGCUUCUUAGCCACUGCAUUGGCUUCAGCUGCAUUCGGGUCUGCUCCCCAAACCUUAGAACCAUUGGCGUGCGUGUUGGAUACCGAAGCAAGUUAGUGGGAAUAUCUAUUGAGGAUGCCCCUUGUCUCCAAAGGUUGCUCCAACUUGGCUUAACUAGGGGCUUGGACAUAUCGAUAAUAUCAGCGCCCAACCUGGAGACCGUGGGCCGCCUUCGCUACGAUGACACUUACGGCUUCAGCUUUAAGGGAUUUCCUACUCUGUUCCCUGUGGUGGCACACACCGUCAAGACUUUAUCUAUCGUUGUUGUUCCUCUCAGUGUGGAUAUGGUUCUUGAUCUCAUGUGUUGCUUUCCCUGCUUGGAGAAGUUGUAUAUCCAGAUAUGUUCGUCGGGGAGAAAGAAUUUGUGGCGUCGUAAACACCAGAGUCACAUCAAAUGCCUUGACAUCCGUCUCAAGAAAGUCGUGUUGGCAAAUUAUCGAGGCACCCUGUCAGAUGUUAACUUUGCCAUGCUCUUUGUGCUGAAUGCUAAGAUGCUAGAGUUAUUAAGAUUUGAGGUUCAAGGCUGCUGCGACGAAGAGCUCAUUGAAAGGCAGCGCAGGUUGCUUCAGCUUGGGAACAGGGCUUCCAGAGGUGCUCGGUUUGUUUUCACAAAAAAUACAUGUCUCCGCAAACUUGAGGACAUCAAGCAUGUGCGCUAUUUGUCUGUAGCUGACCCCUUUGAAUGCUGAUGUUGAUAUUGGGUUUCC